CGAAGGGAAGGGGAGAAGCGGAGGGAAGGGAAGGGGAGGCGCUGCCCAUGCAGAGCAGGCAGCAAGAGCCGCCGCGGCGCUCCGGGGAGCAGCCGGAGCUGGAGCAGCCCAGGGCAUCGGGAGGCGCCGUGGAGGAGCCGGAGGAGGAAGAGGCGGAGGAGCCCGGCCGGGCCCGGGCCCCCUACGCCAUGGAGAUCGAGAAGGAGUUCCGCCGGCUCGACCAGGCCGACAGCUGGGCCGCCAUCUACCAGGACAUAAGGCAUGAAGCCAGUGACUUUCCAUGUAAAGUGGCCAAACUUCCCAGAAACAAAAAUCGCAACAGAUACAGAGAUGUCAGCCCAUUUGACCACAGUCGAAUUAAGCUGCAGCAGGAUGAUAAUGACUACAUCAAUGCCAGUUUGAUAAAAGUGGAAGAGGCGCACAGGAGCUACAUCCUCACACAGGGGCCUCUGCCAAAUACUUGUGGUCACUUUUGGGAGAUGAUUUGGGAACAGAAAAGCCGUGGCGUUGUCAUGCUCAACAGAGUGAUGGAAAAGGGAUCAAUAAAAUGUGCACAGUACUGGCCACAAAAAGAGGAGAAGGUGAUGCUCUUUGAGGAUACAAACUUGACGUUAACCUUGAUAUCGGAAGAUAUAAAAUCCUACUAUACAGUACGACAGUUAGAAUUGGAAAACCUCACAACACAUGAAACUCGAGAAAUCCUGCACUUUCAUUAUACAACGUGGCCUGACUUUGGAGUCCCCGAGUCUCCAGCUUCAUUCCUCAACUUCCUGGUCAAAGUGAGAGAGUCGGGGUCACUGAGCCCCGAACAUGGACCCAUUGUAGUACACUGCAGUGCAGGGAUUGGAAGAUCAGGAACUUUCUGCUUGGUUGACACUUGUCUCCUUUUGAUGGACAAAAGAAAAGACCCUUCUUCCGUCGACAUUAAGCAGGUUCUUUUAGAAAUGAGGAAAUACCGCAUGGGGCUUAUACAGACUGCAGACCAGCUUCGCUUCUCAUAUUUGGCUGUUCUAGAAGGAUCAAAAUUCAUUAUGGGAGACUCAUCUGUGCAGGAGCAAUGGAAAGAGCUCUCUAAAGAAGACUUGGACCCCCCGCCGGAACAUAUUCCCCCACCACCAAGACCACCAAAACGAACCUCGGAAAUGAAUAACGGAAGGGUGCACGACCACAUGGAAAAUUCUUCAAAGCAUCGGGUGACGGAGGAGGAAGUUGAGUGUGCCGUGAGCGCUCUGGUGGCAAAGGUUCCUGAUGGCAGAGAUCACCCCUCUGAGCAUCUAGACAUGGAGAGCACUAGUCAAGACACUGAGCUUAGGAAGAGAACUGUCGAUGCCUCGCCACAAAGUGAAGAGAUGGUCAAGUCGGAAGAAGAAGACGAUGAGAGCAUGGUGUCAACUUGGAAACCAUUUCUGGUCAACAUUUGCAUGUUCACUGUCCUGACAGCAGGAGCAUACCUCUGCUACAGGGUAUGUUUCCAUUGAUAGACAUGCCAGCGAUGGUAUCGAGAACGCCAGUAGCUUCGCCGGCGUUUUAACUUUGUUACAAUAAAAGAAAGCUAAAGCGGGGCAUCCAAGCCUUUGCCCCAGUGGAAGUAUAUCUUAAGUUUGAGAUGCUGGAACUUUGGUUAGGGCUUAAAGAGAAAAUUGAUGCACUAGGGUUUAAUAUUAGCCCUAUGGUCCCAAGAACAUAAUAUUCUAAUCUCAGGGCCUUAAGAUAUUCAGGAGUAAGCAGAGAAUAUGCCAAAUAAGUCUUGUGGGUUUUUUUUUCUCUUUCAUUAUUUUUUCCUUAUUUUUUAAAAUGGAAUAAUAAGAGUUUACAACACAUUGCUUUUUAGAAGUCUUUUAAAGCCAGUUUUCGUUCUUUUGGUUGUUGUUUUUCAGGAGAAAUAAAAGCUAGGGACAAGUGAAAAUUUGCUUGUAUUCUCCAAGUGUUUGUAACCAAAUACAUGAUUGGGUUUCUUAAAUCACCACUAUUGGGUUCCUUAAAUCACCCACACAUGCACACACCCCUGAAGAAUGUACAACUUUUUAUUUUACUUUAUUUGAGAGGGGGGAGCUCUUUACUGCAUGCCUUUUAAAGACUGAGGACUCUCUAAAGAACCACUUUUUUGUAAGUUCUGUUGCUUAAAUUGGCUGCUGCUCAGGAGCCCCAGUAAAUGAAUGGAGAUUACAUAAUACAUGCCCCCGCAAGUUGAAUUUCACCCUGAAGUGUGGGGUUUUCUGGCAGUGCAGGUAGUAACAUGGAUAGGUUUUAUCUUAAACAGAUUCUUGCUUUCAGCGCAAUUGUAAUGGGCACCUGCUGUUGCUCAGGGCAUCCCAGCAGGUCAAACGCUACUCUUUUCUUCUUCCUUUAAGACAAAAUCUCCCACUCGCCACCAACACCAAAUGCAAGUCUUCUGUCGCACUCCUUAUUAUUAACCUGUACAUCCCCAUUGCAUAGCACCGUCCCAUCUCUCUCGCUCUCUCGCUCACUCUUUCUUUCUCCCUGUCCUUUAGGGAGAGGGGAAGGAAAAUACAACCAAAAUCUAAUCCACUAGCAUUUGCAGAAUUGUUUUGGAAAGGACCGGUGUUCUUAAGCAUCGGUAUCAUAAUUUUGAAUGUAAAAUGCAAUUUCACUCUAGACCUGCCAUGUGAAAAGAAUACGCUUUGUGUACAAAAUGGAACAAGAAGAGUUUAAAAUAAUUCUUAGAGCUCCUUUACACUGCAGAAAAAUGUAUCUCAAGGAAUCCCAAGUAGCUAUCGCUGGACAGGGGGUGGGGGAGAGGGGGGGACUUCCUUUUGGAGAAAAACUGAGCAAAUGAACUGGCUCUCCAAAUCAACAAGUCGUUUUGCGAGAUGCAAGUCACUGUUGGUGGCUUUUAGUUUUAUUGCCUCUCCCCCCCCCCUUGAACAAAGAUUUCAAGUUUGGCUUUUAUUUGGCUUAAGAUCAUGCUGUUCAGUAGCCAGGCUUAAGUGUCUGCCUCUGCAGAAAAGUGUUCAGCCUAACUCGGAACAGAUCCAGGUUCUGCUCUGCUCCAUCUGAAGAUGAAGAUUUGAGUUUUUUUGUUUUUGGUAUAGUGUAGCUUAACUGACCAUAGCUGCUAAAAGGAGGGUAAAAGUUUAGACCAAUCAUGUUUUUUGUCUCUUUGUUGGAUGAUAUGAUCGGGGGGGGGGGGUGUAGUAAGCUGACUUUGUCAACUGUUCUUACUGCAUUCGACUGAAAUGAUAAUCACAUGGAAGAAUCCUUUGUCCAUGCUGCAGAGAGCAAGGCAAAUGCAAUCAUUAGAAUUGUAGCCUGUUUCAAAGUAAAACCAUGGCAAUUGACCUACAAGUGUAACUGAUCAAUGCUUUAAAAAUUCUGCAAAAUUCUAAUUGGGUAUAUAGCACUUAAGUACCAUCUACCUUAAAAAAAAAACCAUAGUAGACUUCUCACUCCAUAUUUAUUUUGGUUCGCUGCGAUGCUCACAAACUUUAGCUCUUUGGGUUUUCCCCCCUUGAACCACAGGGUCUUGGGGAAGGAAGGAGUGGUUGGAUCAAAAAUAAAUGAAGUCAAGCUUUGCAUCAAGGGCUUUUCAAAUGUACAAUAAUAAUCCUCAGGUAGUAAUGGGAAACUUACGCAUGCAGACAGACAGAAAGUUACCCGUGAGAUUGCUGUUUAGACCAGAAUUUGAAAGGAGGAAUACUCAAGCAGCCAAUCUUCAGUAGUACAGUAAUAGGGCAAGCGUGAAAAAUACUGAUUAUGAGUAUAGAAAAUGGUAUAACUAUAUAAUGCUCACCUGUGUAUUUUUCCUAUACAGUAUGUGAUUGCUUUGUCCCCAUCACUUUCUCUCAUUCAGUAGUAGGCUCUAGUUGAGAACCAACAUUAGUUAGCACAUUUUUAUUCAGAUGCAUGUAUAAAGUCUCC